AUCGUAUGGGACCAGACUUCAGAUGGCCUACUUCAAUGCUCGAAUGUUACAAGGAUUUUGUUUUCUGGGCUCUCACCGAUGAUGUUAAUGCCUUGAAAGGCGAUGAAGAAGCUGCGCUUAAUCAUCUCUACUUCUUUGAUAAUCUUGAUAAGGGUGCAUUUGAUACACAUAAGAAUGAUUGGGUGUUAAUAUAUCAACAAAAAGUGAUUAAAUUUGGGCCAAAAUUAACGAACCAAGAAGCGGGUGCCAUCGAGGAUGAAUUUAUCGGCUCCAUUUAUAUGCCAGUCGAUCAAUCGCAACAUAUGAAACUUCGACCAGCGAAAAUAGUGCGUGCUCAGCUUAAAAGAGUUAGUGAGACGGAUGAAAAUUCUGUUUUGCUUGAAUAUAAUUUUCGUGAUCCCAAAAAUAAUAAGGUAUACGAUUCUACCCUCGAUACCGGAGCACCUGAAACCACAUUGCCUUUCUAUGUUCGUAGACAACUUGGAAAGGCAGGAUGGAGAAAUAUACACUGCUAUGCUACUGGAUAUGGUGCACCUUCACGUGUAUUUCUCGCCUCUUGUCCCUUUUUAGUUUCUAUUGGAGACUCUACGAACUGGACCAAGUGGGUUCAAACGGAUACACUUCGAGUUUUGGAAAUGGAUCCCGGUGAUCAUGUGACGUGUUCUCUUGUUGGUAAUGAUGUUUUAGACCAACUCGCAUAUGUGCACGAGCCCCAAAAUGAAUUAAAAUUUUUAGAGGAAAUACAUGAACCUGCUUUGGCAACCUUUUUAACGUCACUAGCAUAA